AUGCCGGCGCUGUCGCCGACGAUGGAGCGCGGUGGGAUCGCGCGGUGGCAUCGCGCGAUCGGCGAUGAAAUCAAAGCCGGCGACGCGAUCGCGGACGUGGAGACGGAUAAGGCGACGAUGGCGAUGGAAGCGACGGAUGAUGGGUACCUGGCGGCGAUCCUGGUGCCCGAGGGAGCGACGGACGUGGAGGUGGGGACGCCGGUGUGCGUGAUGUGCGAGGAGGCGAGCGCGGUGGCGGCGUUUAAGGAUUAUAAAGCGACGGAGACGGUGACGACGGAACCGGCGAAGAGCGCGGUGGAGACGGCGGUGACGAUGCCGGUGGUGAGGGCGUCGACGCGCGCGACGGCGCGGAUGAGCGCGCGCGCGAGCGGGGAACGGGUGUUCGCGUCGCCGCUGGCGAGACGGUUGGCCGAGGAACGAGGCGUGCGAUUGGAGACCGUGAGCGGGAGUGGGCCGAACGGGCGCGUGAUCGCCGAGGACGUGCUCACGGCGCGCGCGUCGAGCGCGAGUGAGGCGGUGACGCACACGGUUGUGGCGGAACAUCCGUUGUCCAAGUUUUUCCCGGAUUUCGAAGACGUGAGCGUGAGCGCCAUCAAGCGCGUCACCGCGGAGCGCUUGACGGAAAGCAAGCAGCAACUGCCGCAUUUCUAUCUCACCGUAGACGUGCGCUUGGAUAACAUGAUGGGGAUUCGUGAAACGUUGAACAAGCAGCUCGCUGAUGAUAAGGCUGCGGAAGGGGCGAAGAUUAGCGUGAACGAUUUCAUCGUCAAGGCGAGCGCCAAGGCGUUGCUCGCGGUGCCGGACGUGAACGCCAGCUGGUUGGGCGAUAAGAUUCGCAAGUACAAAAAAGCUGAUAUUUCUGUAGCGGUGCAGACCGAGCGCGGGCUGAUGGUGCCCAUCGUGCGAUCUGCGUGCUGCCUGGGGUUGAAGUCUAUCAGCGCCGAAGUCAAGUCGCUCGCCGGCCGCGCGCGCAGCGGCUCUCUCACGCCCCAGGACAUGACUGGAGGCACGUUUACCAUUAGCAACCUCGGCAUGUUCGGCGUGAAGAACUUCGCUGCGAUCGUAAACCCGCCGCAAGCGGCGAUCCUCGCCGUCGGCGGAGCUAGAAAGGAAGUCGUCAAGAACGCAGAGGGCGGCUACGAGGAAGUCUUGGUAAUGAGCGCGACUUUGAGCUGCGAUCAUCGCGUCGUGGAUGGAGCCGUGGGGGCGCAGUGGCUUCAAUCCUUCAAGUGUUAUUUAGAAGAUCCGAUGACGAUGUUACUCUAG